GCGCUGCACACGGCUGCUAUAACCUGCGUAAUAAUACGACUAAAGAACGAGGCAUAACAUUUCAUAGAUUUCCUAAAGAUGAGGAGAGGCGUCAGGCUUGGACUCUGGCAGUGAGGGGAGAAGGCUAUGUGGCUAGCUCCAGAUCCAUGGUCUGCAGUUGCCAUUUUCGUCCUGAGGACUUUGACAGAACAGGGCAGACCGUACGAAUUCGAGACGCCGCUGUCCCGUCCAUUUUCAAGUUCUCCGAACAUAUUCCCAAGCCAGAAUGUUCUGCAUCAAGUGAGACCUCAAAGACCGGUGAACAGUGUCCAACGUCACAGUCACACUCGCCAGCAAAAUGGCCAUCUACACCGCCAUGUUCUACAUCGAAUCCAGAUGUGACCCCAAAGGCCGCUGACAAAUGUCCACCACCACAGUCGUACUCCUCAGCAAAACGGGCAGCCACACUGCCGAGUUCCACAUCAGGUAGGCCUAUGACCUCAAAGACCAGUGAGAAGUGUCCACCACAACAGUCGCAAUCGACAAUAACAAAGACGGCUACAGUGAAGCCAGCAACAAAGCCAGCUCCGCUACCAAGUUCCACAUCAAGUGUGACCUCGAAGACCGUUAAUCAGUGUCCAUCAACACAGUCAUACUCAUCCGCAAAACAGCCUGAACAGCAUCCAGCCUCAGAGCAUCUUUAUUGCUUGGAUCCUGUUAAAAUGAAGAUUAAGUUGGAUAAUUAUCAGAGCCAGGUAGAGAGGUUAACAUUGAAGCUGCAGGCGUCCAGGAAACGUGAGAAGAGACUAAAGAGGAACAUGGUGCACAUGACGGAGCAGUUGAAGAGAAAGCACAUGUUGACAGAGGAACUUAAGGAACAGCUGGAUUAUUACGCAGAUCUUCCAGUUGAGCUGCUGAAAGCGGGUAACGGCUUCACUUCAAGGCAAAGGGAAUUUGCUUUGACUCUAUACCAGCAUGGACCUAAGGCCUACAAUUACCUCAGAGAUGAGAUCCACAUACCACUCCCCCAUCCCCACACUGUUCAAAGGUGGACUACGGAAGCAAAAGCUGGAAUCAAUGAUGAUCAUCAGACACCUUGAAUGUCUUGGUCAUCCAUGUCCUUUACAUGAGGAUGGCAAUUGGAGUUCUUUUUUCCCAAAGUAUAUUUUGGGGCAUUUUGUGCUUCGAUUUGACCGAACGGUAAAGUAGUGGCAGGAAAAUGAUGGGAAGGGUUGGGGAAAGUCCCAUUGACCAUGCAGCAGAGUGUCACUCGUCAAUGCACUGCACACGCUCAGACAGCUGACUAUGGCUGAGUCACCAGGACCUUACGCCUCAGCAAACAGAUGUGACUGUGUGUGAAAGCCUAGGCCUGAAUCAGUUCUGGGUCCCCCGGCCCAUGGGCAAUGGGCCUGAAUAUGGUUAUGGUAUGGGUGCCUUAUGAGCUCAGGCUGCCUUCAGUCAAAGAUUAUUAUUGUCUAACAUUGCAAGAAGUUGGAAUAAUAAAGCUACUGUAUUUCAGCUUGAAUUUGACCCAUGCCACUUAUUGAAACUGGCAAGAAACAUGCUUGAGGCCUAGCUACCUGUAUAGCACCAUCAUUACUCCUGCAGGAAUAGUGAGGUGGGGACAGGUUUUUUCCCUUUUUUCUUUUUUUCUUUUAAAAGUAUUUUUUAGGGGCUUUACAAGCCUUUAUUGGUGUUUUUAUAUGACAGGACAGUGAAGCAGAGACGGAAGCGAGUCGGAGAAGGGUCGCCAAAAGACCCGGGCCGGGAAUCGAACCUGGGUCGGCCUAGUAGACGAGUGCCUACCAUUAAGCCACGGUAGGGCCGGCGAAACAUUUCUGAGCUGAAUGACGUCCAGGAACACGAGGAUCUGCACGCCGGCAACAAGAUCAGGAAGAGGCCAUGGAAGCUCUGGAGGGCGAAGAUGAAAACGUGUCCUAGCCCUUGCUUAAUCCUCUUGUGCAGAGCCUAUGUCAUAACCUCACUGUCACCACAAUUGUAAUGUCCAGGGCCGUCGUUAGCCCUAUUUUAGGGGGGCUUUAGCCCCCCCUACAUUAGUAUUAGCCACCCCCCUUAAACGAUUUUGCAAAAAAAAACUUUUUUUUUCACAUUUUUCCAAAGACAAUGCAGUAAAGCACUGAAUACGAACCACCAAGGAAGCAAAUUAAUCUGAAUACAAGUUCCUGUUUGCUUAUUUAUUGUUUAAUGCCACUUAUAUCCUACUGCACAGCAAUAAAAGCAGGGUGCACAGCAAUAUGUUAUGCGGGGGGGAAACAGGUAGAGGAUUGUGCUUUGUGACUAACACCUCGAGAAAAGUGUAAUUACUUACACGGAUGAAAUCUUCCGACCCAAAGUACCAAUUUUCACUCACAAUACCCGUGUUGUAAUAAAUCCAUUUGACAUUGUCUUGAAAUUAUAGUUGAG